CAGUUCGACUUCCCCGCCUGCCUGCGAUAACAUCGGCGAGAGGCGAGAUUCCACCGCAGCUAAGAAAAGUUUUAGCUCUUUGGAAAAGUUCGACUUUGACAAGAAGAACAUGCGGGUGUAGUGAAAUACAUCUAAACUCAAAAAACAGUCGGUAAAUGGAUUUGUGAGCCGACUGAACGGACCAUUUUCCUUGGAAAAGAAGAAAGGGACCAUGGCGUCCACGGUGACCUUGGAGGAUGCCCUCUCCAACGUGGACCUGCUGGAGGAGCUGCCGCUCCCUGACCAGCAGCCAUGCAUCGAGCCGCUGCCCUCCUCCGUCAUGUACCAGCCCAACUUCAACACCAACUUUGAGGACCGCAAUGCCUUCGUUACUGGCAUCGCGCGAUACAUUGAGCAGGCCACCGUUCACUCCAACAUGAAUGAGAUGCUGGAGGAGGGGCAGGGGUAUGCCGUCAUGCUUUACACCUGGAGGAGCUGCUCAAGAGCCAUCCCACAGGUCAAGUGCAAUGAACAACCCAAUAGGGUAGAGAUCUACGAGAAGACCGUGGAGGUUCUGGAGCCCGAGGUCACCAAGCUCAUGAACUUUAUGUACUUCCAGCGUACAGCCAUUGACCGCUUCUGUGGGGAGGUGAGGCGCCUGUGCCACGCAGAGCGGAGGAAGGACUUUGUGUCGGAGGCCUACCUGCUCACGCUGGGCAAGUUCAUCAACAUGUUCGCCGUGCUGGACGAGCUCAAGAACAUGAAGUGCAGCGUCAAGAACGACCACUCCGCCUACAAACGGGCUGCCCAGUUCCUCAGGAAAAUGUCCGAGCCUUCGUCCAUCCAGGAGUCGCAGAACCUUUCCAUGUUCCUGGCCAAUCACAACAAGAUCACCCAGUCUCUGCAGCAGCAGCUUGAGGUCAUUAACGGCUACGAGGAGCUCCUGGCCGACAUCGUCAACCUGUGCGCCGACUACUACGAGAACAAGAUGUACCUGACCCCCAGCGAGAAGCACAUGCUCCUCAAGGUAAUGGGCUUCGGUUUGUAUCUGAUGGACGGGAGCAACAGUAACAUCUACAAGCUGGAUGCUAAGAAGCGAAUCAACCUCACCAAGAUUGACAAGUUUUUCAAGCAACUGCAAGUUGUGCCGCUCUUUGGAGACAUGCAGAUUGAGCUGUCCAGGUACAUCAAGACCAGCGCGCACUUCGAGGAGAAUAAAUCCAGGUGGUCAUGUACAUCUGUAGGCAGCAGCCCGCAGUACAAUAUCUGCGAGCAGAUGAUCCAGAUCCGAGAGGAUCAUAUGCGCUUUAUCUCUGAGCUGGCCUGCUACAGCAACAGCGAGGUGGUGACCGGCUCAGGGCGUCAGGAGGCCCAGAAGACGGACAGUGAGUACAGGAAGCUGUUUGACUUGGCCCUGCAGGGCCUGCAGCUGCUGUCCCAGUGGAGUGCCCACGUCAUGGAGGUGUACUCCUGGAAACUUGUGCACCCCACGGACAAAUACUCCAACAAAGAAUGCCCCGACAAUGCUGAGGAGUACGAGCGAGCCACGAGAUACAACUACACCACGGAGGAGAAGUUUGCCCUGGUGGAGGUGAUGGCCAUGAUCAAGGGCCUGCAGGUGCUGAUGGGACGCAUGGAGAGCGUCUUCAACCACGCCAUCCGCCACACCAUCUACUCUGCCUUGCAGGACUUCGCCCAGAUCACGCUGCGCGAGCCGCUGCGACAGGCCAUCAAGAAGAAGAAGAACGUCAUCCAGAGUGUCCUCCAGGCCAUCCGCAAGACCAUCUGUGACUGGGAGGCAGGCCGCGAGCCUCACAACGACCCGGCACUCCGCGGAGAGAAGGACCCCAAGGGUGGCUUCGACAUCAAGGUUCCCCGCCGUGCCGUCGGGCCCUCCAGCACCCAGCUUUAUAUGGUGAGGACCAUGCUGGAGUCUCUCAUAGCAGACAAGAGUGGUUCUAAGAAGACUCUGCGCAGCAGCCUGGAAGGCCCCACCAUCCUUGACAUCGAGAAGUUCCACCGCGAGUCCUUCUUCUACACGCACCUGCUCAACUUCAGUGAGACCCUUCAGCAGUGCUGUGACUUGUCCCAGCUGUGGUUCCGGGAGUUCUUCCUGGAGCUCACCAUGGGCCGCCGCAUCCAGUUCCCCAUCGAGAUGUCCAUGCCCUGGAUACUCACCGACCACAUCCUGGACACCAAGGAGGCGUCAAUGAUGGAGUAUGUGCUCUAUCCCCUAGACCUUUACAACGACAGUGCACACUACGCCCUGACCAAGUUCAAGAAGCAAUUCCUCUAUGAUGAAAUUGAGGCCGAGGUCAAUCUCUGCUUUGACCAGUUUGUUUACAAGCUUGCCGAUCAAAUAUUCGCCUACUACAAAAUCCUGGCUGGAAGCCUUCUCUUGGACAAGCGACUGAGAGCAGACUGUAAAAACCAAGGUGCCAACAUUCCAUGGCCGGCGUCUAACCGCUACGAGACGCUGCUGAAGCAGAGACAUGUACAGCUGCUGGGUCGCUCCAUUGACCUGAACCGGCUGCUCACCCAGAGGGUGUCCGCCGCACUCCACAAGUCCCUGGAGCUGGCCAUCGGCCGCUUUGAGAGCGAGGACCUCACCUCCAUCAUGGAGCUGGAAGGUCUCCUGGAGAUAAACCGUAUGACCCAUAAGCUCCUGAGCAAGUACCUGACACUGGACAGCAUGGACGCCAUGUUCCGGGAGGCCAACCACAACGUGUCCGCCCCCUACGGCCGCAUCACCCUGCACGUCUUCUGGGAGCUCAACUAUGACUUCCUGCCCAACUACUGCUACAAUGGCUCCACCAACAGGUUUGUGCGCACAGUCCUUCCGUUUUCACAGGAGUUCCAGAGGGACAAGCCUCCAAAUGCCCAGCCCCACUACCUGUAUGGGUCAAAGGCUCUGAAUCUCGCCUACAGCAGCAUAUUUGGCUUCUACCGGAACUUUGUUGGGCCUACUCACAUCAAGGUAAUCUGCCGGUUGCUGGGCUACCAGGGCAUCGCUGUGGUGAUGGAGGAGCUCUUGAAGGUCGUGAAAAGCCUGCUGCAAGGCACCAUCAUGCAGUAUGUGAAGACCCUGAUGGAGGUGAUGCCCAAGAUCUGCCGCCUGCCUCGCCAUGAGUACGGCUCCCCAGGUAUUCUGGAGUUCUUCCACCACCAGCUGAAGGACAUUGUGGAGUAUGCCGAGCUGAAGACCGUGUGCUUCCAGAACCUCAGGGAGGUGGGCAACGCCAUGCUGUUCUGCCUGCUGUGUGAGCAGAGUCUGUCCCAAGAAGAAGUAUGUGACCUCUUACACGCUGCACCUUUCCAGAACAUUCUGCCGAGAGUUCAUGUCAAAGAGGGGGAGCGUCUGGAUGCCAAGAUGAAGCGUUUGGAGGCCAAAUACACAGCGCUGCAUAUGGUGCCACUAAUUGAGCGCCUUGGCACACCGCAGCAAAUAGCCAUCGCUCGUGAGGGAGACCUGCUGACUAAAGAGAGGCUGUGCUGUGGCCUCUCCAUGUUUGAGGUCAUCCUGACCCGCGUGCGAGGUUUCCUCGACGACCCCAUCUGGCGCGGCCCGUUGCCCAGCAACGGCGUGAUGCACGUGGACGAGUGCGUCGAGUUCCACCGCCUCUGGAGUGCCAUGCAGUUUGUGUACUGCAUCCCCGUGGGAGCACACGAGUUCACCGUGGAGCAAUGCUUUGGCGAUGGCCUCAACUGGGCUGGCUGCAUGAUCAUCACCCUACUGGGCCAGCACCGGCGUUUCGACAUCCUGGACUUCAGCUACCACCUGCUGAAGGUGCAGAAGCACGACGGAAAGGACGAGGUCAUCAAGAGUGUGCCGCUGAAAAAGAUGGUUGACAGAAUCCGCAAGUACCAGAUCCUGAAUGAUGAGAUUUUUGCUAUCCUCAACAAGUACCUGAAAUCUGGGGAUGGAGAGAACAUGCCAGUGGAACACGUGAGGUGCUUCCAGCCACCCAUCCACCAAUCGCUAGCCAGCAACUGAAAUUCCAACCGCACCUUCCACCAAUCACAUGCCAUGAACUGAGAUUCUUCUAGAGGCAUUGAUCCUUGCCAGAGCCUAGAGAACCAUUGAGUCCACUGAAUUUAGCAAGCCAGUAAGAGCACCAAACUGAAGUUUGUAAUUCCUAUUCAGAGAAGUAGUAUCUAAUGAAGAGAUAUCCUUCCUUUAGCCACAUUCUCUUCUGAGCAAAAAGCGAAACAAGAAAUAUAUACAAUUAUUAUAUAUUGUGGCCCAAGUUAGUUAUUGUCCAUAAAUGUUGUACACACGUGCCUUAUUACAAAUGAAUAACUAUUAUCAUUAUGUUUUUAGGAUAGUAUGCAGCUCAUUUUUCAUGUUUUCUAUACAUACGGAAAAAGCAGAGGGAGGGAAGAGGGUUUUUACGGCUAUUUAAAGGGUGUUGCUGUGGUGAAUAUCAAGAGUUACGGGGACCUAUUGGGCAAAAGGGGUUGAAGGUAGAGUAUAUUUUCUAUAUGGUGGAUUUGACAAAUUGCAUGCAAUACUGUGUUUUCUAUAAUCUUGAAAUUAAAGUAACCAAGUUCUUACCAAUGUUAAAACAUUAUUCCUUGUGCCUUUUUGUAUUUGAAUGAUUGUAACUUGAUUUUAAUUCAAUAAAUAUAACAUACAAAA